GCUUAGUCCACAGAGAAGCGCACCGAGGCAUCUUCAAGGAUUCGUGAUUAACGGGGCCUGGCUCUUCUUGAUUCCCAGUAAUGGCUCCCCUCCCACGCUCCAUGUGCCACCCUCUCUGUGGCGAUUGCCUGGCGGUCACAUCGCAUCAUGGCGAAUCGAACAGCCAAAGGUGCGCUGCACGUACGAGGUACGAAUCCGCAGCACCUGAUCGAAAAGGUGGUGCGAAGCAGGAUCUACGAUUCCAUCUACUGGAAGGAACACUGUUUUGCUCUCACCGCCGAGUCGUUGAUCCCGCUAGCAGCAGAUCUCAAAUAUGUCGGGGGAACAUAUGGUGGAGCGAUCAAGCCUAGCGAGUACCUCUGCCUCGUCUGCAAAUUGCUUCAACUUCAACCCGAAAAGGAAAUCGUGCUGGAAUACCUCAAGGCGGACGAUCUAAAAUACUUGAGAGCGGUAGCCGCAAUGUAUGUGAGGAUGGUGUUCAGUAGCGUGGAAGUGUACGAGCUGCUAGAGCCCAUGCUCAACGACUACCACAAGCUUCGAUGGAGAGACAUGGACGGCUCUUACCGGUUGACGCAUAUGGAUGUGUUCAUCGACGAGCUGCUAACUCUAGACAGGGUGGCAGAUCUCAUUCUUCCUCGUCUGGCACGUCGGGAUGUACUGGAAGAAACGGAAGGCCUAGCGCCUCGCAGAAGCAAGCUGGAAGACGCGCUGCUCGGCACCAACGCCGAGUACGCCCCAGAUCGCGAGGCUUAUCCGAGCGGAGAUGAGAGCGAUGACUCGGUUCGAGAACGGUUAAAGGAGAGAAGGGCGAAGGAGGCGCGAGCUUCGGAUGUGAGGAAGCAGAGACAGGUGGAGCAGAUGCAGGUGGACGGAGCGCAAGAAGAGGAUAAAGAGGAGCUGUAUGCGUCUCAAGAAGAUGAUAGCGAUGGAGAGAGAUAUGUCAGCAGAAGCCCGAGUGGGAGCGUCAGCCCCGAUCGAGCGCAAGAGCGGGGCGGCGGCGGAUACGCGUCCAGAUCACCCAGCAGGACAUCAUCACCUCAGAGCGAUGCUGGGUACGUCAGUCGAAGCCCAAGCCGGUCACCAGACAGGUGACACUGUACCAUGGCAAUCAGCUUAGAGCGUCAGCAAUGAAUCAGUCACAAUGCGAUCAAAGAUCCCGCAGCUACAGGUAUUGGAGGUGUACAUGGCAAGAGUGUAGGCGAGGACCAGAGCAGCAUCGAGGGGUCCCGUCGAGAGCCCGCCCGAUGCUUAUCAGAACAAAAUACGAAGAGUCGCAGAGAAAGCUCAGCUCGAGACUGGGAAGCAGGCCAGGAGCAAGAAUGCUUUUCAUGCACCAGCUCAGUCGCGUGCGGCAGGGGUUGGAGAGGGUGCGGAGUAGGUGUUGUCCCUCUCGUCCAGCA